AUGGGAAAAGUCUUCGCAAAUGAGCCUCUUGAUAGGAACGAACGUCCCGUCGCCCUGAAACACAUACCCAGGGUUCCUCUACUUAUAAUACUGUGGUCGUUUUUCGCCCUUACGACAGUCGUCAUAAUCUUUCGAAUAGCUAUCAGAAUAUGGCUUCAGCGACGACUAUUUUGGGAUGAUGCUUUUUGCCUAGCUGGCUACGCUGGACAGAUAGCCCAAAUGGUGAUGGUCACUGUUGUAUCACCAUUGAUAUACAUACAUCUCGAGGGGUUUUCUGGCAAGCGCCCGCCCCCCGAGUAUGGUGUAAAAAUCACCAAGAUGAUCCGCCUGGUAUACGCACAUAAUGUAGUAUUUACUGCAAGUUUAUACUGCAUUAAGGGGAGUUUCCUGGCGCUUUACUGGAGGCUGAUUCGGGACUUGAGCGACUAUCGGAAAGCCUGGUGGGCAGUGGCAGUGUUUUGCAUGAUAUCUCUGAUCAUCAAUGCUGCUUUGUUCCCCGUGGGGUGCUCAACCCUGGAAGCAUUCCACUGUAUCGACAGGGGAAGCAUCUACCGCACCCUGGUAAGCUUGCGGUUUAACACUGCAAUGGACAUAGUGACAGACGUGUGCAUCAUGGUGCUGCCGAUUGUCCUAAUCGUGCGGUCCAACCUCCCCGGCCCCGAAAAAGGGGGUUUGGUCGUCCUCUUCGCUUUGGGGUUCAGUAUCAUCACCAUCUCAGUGGUCCGCAUUAUCAAGAGCAACGGCUACCAGAGCCAGCCACCGCUUUCCUGGCUUUUGUUCUGGAGUACAAUGGAAACAGCCGUAGCGGUGAUAACAUGCUGUCUAGCAACGUUCAAAUCACUGUUCAACCUGAAACAGCGGCCCGGUCAAUAUUCGUACUACACUAGGACGCGAACGUCCCGACGCCGACGGCGAACUCGAACUGCUCGAGGCAUGGACGACAUGACCUUGACGUUGCCGACGAUCUCGGAUCUCGAAGCAACAGGAGAUAGCCAACCAACAGGUAACAAUAGCCUGGUCGACCGGAAAGAGUCGAGUUUGAUGAGCGUUUCGUCUGACCGGAAGACGGCCAAGUCUCAUGACGCUGAGCUGAAGGAGGAGAUCAUAAUCGGGACUUCCAAUGAGAAGAGGGCCAGCAGCACCCCGGAGCCCAAUCCGAGCGAUUGUGAUCGCCAGCUCCAAGCGCCCAGCAUGGCACAGUUGCGAUAA